CCAGUGAUAAAGACCAUGGAGAGAGUUUUGCUGCUUGGUUCCUUUUCUUUAGCUUUGUUAGGAGUGUUCACCACAUCAUUAGCCCAAGAUACUAGUCCUCUUCUAAAUUCAUCCAAGUUGGAAAUGUUUGUGGAUGAGCUUCUAGAUAUGCCCCAAAUCCUAGGCUUUGAUUCUGUGUAUGGUGUUCCCAGAUCUAAGUCACUGGAGAUUGGCAUGUACAGUAAAAAAUGGAAAUUCCACAGAGAUCUCCCUCCUACGACCGUAUAUGCCUAUGGUGUAUCUAAAGAAGCUGCAACUAUUCCAGGUCCAACAAUCAGGGCCCUUCAUGGAAUUUACACCAACGUGACAUGGAAAAAUUAUCUCCCUCCAAAUCACAUAUUGCCUUGGGACACAACCAUCACAAUUGCUGAACCGGCUGACAAGAUAGGGAUCCCUACGGUAGUCCAUCUCCAUGGUUCAAUUGGAGAGCCCGAGAGUGAUGGAAACCCAAAAUCAUGGUUCACCGCUGGAUUCAAAGAAAAGGGACCUGCAUGGACCAAAGAAACAUACAGCUACAACAACAACCAACAACCUGGAAAUUUAUGGUACCAUGAUCAUGCCAUGGGAUUGACUAGAGUCAACCUCCUAGCUGGAUUGAUUGGGGCCUACCAUAUCAACCACCCCGAAUUGGAGGCUCCACUUGGACUCCCUAGUGGUGAUGAAUUUGAUCGUACAUUGAUCGUAUUUGAUCGUAGCUUUCGUACUGAUGGUUCCAUAUACAUGAAUUCCACAGGAGAUAAUCCCUCCAUACACCCCCAUUGGCAACCGGAAUAUUUUGGUGAUGCUAUUAUAGUGAAUGGCAAAGCUUGGCCUCGUAUGACAGUACGACGUCGUAUGUACCGAUUUCGUAUUAUAAAUGCUAGUAACGCUAGAUUCUUUCGGUUCUUUUUCACCAACGGUCUAGGAUUCAUCCACGUGGGAUCUGAUUCAGCUUACCUUAAUGAAGCAGUGAUGACCAAUGAGUUUUUACUGGGCCCAUCUGAGAUUGCUGACGUGGUUGUUGACUUUUCCAAGUCAAAGAAUGAUAGUGCUAUUCUAGCAAAUGAUGCACCAUAUCCCUACCCAACUGGGGACCCAGUUGAUGAAGAGAAUGGCAGAGUCAUGAAGUUUAUCAUCUUGACACAUCCAGAGAAUGACACGGGUCGAACACCCAAUAAGUUGAUCCAAUACCCAGGCCCCAAUUUAUCUAGUGUGACGCAGACACGAUAUAUAACUAUGUACGAGUACGAGAGUUCCACUGGUAACCCAACUCAUUUAUAUUUGAAUGGGAUAUCAUUUAACUCACCAAUCACUGAGACACCUAAAGUGGGGGCCACUGAAGUGUGGAAUGUGAUCAAUCUAACGGAGGAUAAUCACCCAUUACACAUUCAUUUGGGGCUCUUCGUAGCAUUGGAUCAGACUGCGUUAGUGAACGAGACAGAGUUUAAAAAUUGCAUGAUGAAAAUGAACGAUGCGAUUAAGUGCCAAAUAAGCAAGUAUGCAAUUGGGAAAAGUGUAGAGGUGCCUGCUGAGGAGAAAGGGUGGAAGAAUGUUUUCAAAAUGAGACCUGGAUAUGUGACAAAGAUUUUAGUGAAAUUUUCUUUCAUAAAUUCAAAUGAAUCGUAUCCGUUUGAUGCAACUGCGAAGCCAGGCUACGUAUACCAUUGCCAUAUCUUGGAUCACGAAGACAACGAGAUGAUGAGGCCCUUCAAGCUCAUCAAAUAAGAUUGGGCAUGAGAAAGAUAUACGAGGAUCCUAAAUAAAGAUCUUACUUGUUCUCAUGCACAAACUUGAAUAAUUAAGAAAGAAUCCCUCGUCUUAGAAAUUGUAGUACUAGUAUUUGUAUCAAAAAAG